AUGAAUAUAUAUACAUUGGUAUUGUUGUUGUUGGUGUUUUUGGCUACGACAUUGGCAUUCACGCCAGACUUGCGCGAGACAGUCUUCUUUGAUGACUUCCAACAACCCGCCAACGAAGAAGGCGGUCGCAAAUGGACGACAAGCAAGUACUCAGAGGCAGAUUAUGAGAUCGCAUCGCCAGGCGACACCCAGCGACUCAACCCUUACGACAAGGGCAUGUUGUUUCCAAACUCUGGCAAGCGAUACAUCAUCACGCGCAAGUUGGACACGCCGCUAGACAACAGUGGCCGCGACCUCAUCGUCCAGUUCGACCUCAAGUUGCAGAAAGGUAUGGCGUGUGGCGGUGCCUACAUCAAGCUAUAUCGCGACAACCCUGCACAGGGCAUCACACCCGAGACCAUCGCGCCGGCCACACCCUACCAGCUGCUGUUUGGCCCGGACCGCUGCGGCACGCGCAGCAACCAGGUGCAGCUCACGAUCAAUCAUCGCAACCCUGUGACCAAUGAGCUCCAGGAGAAGCGAAUCAGACCCAAGCGACAGAUACCAUUCGACUCGCUGUCGCAUUUGUACACGCUACACGUCUUCCCCAACAGCACGUUCACCAUUGGCAUCGAUCAACAUAUUGUGCUGCAGGGCGAUCUGCGCACGGACUUUGUCCCGCCAUUCAGCCCGCCCAAAGAGGUGAGCGAUCCGAGCGACCGCAAGCCGGCCGACUGGGUCGACCAGUCCACCAUGGACGACCCGACGGCGCGCAAGCCCGACGACUGGGACGAGACACAGCCGCCCACGAUCCCCAAGCCUUCGGCCAACAAGCCACGAAACUGGCGCGACAACGAACCACUACUAGUACCGGCUGCGCAACCCGCCGAGUGGAAUGAAGAGGAGGAUGGAGAGUGGGAGCCGACGAUGGUGCCCAAUCCCAAGUGCGCCGACGGUCUGUGCGGCACAUGGGAGGCACCCAAGAUCCCCAACCCCAAGUACAAGGGCAAGUGGCGCGCUCCACAAGUUCCCAACCCGGCGUAUCGUGGCGUGUGGCGUGCACGCCAGAUACCAAACGACAAGUACUUCAACGUGGAGAACCCUUAUAUACUGGACCCGAUCGGCUUCAUUGCCAUCGAGGUAUGGACACUCACACCGAGCAUUCUCUUUGACAAUGUGAUCAUUACACAUAGCAAGGACGAGGCCGACCGUCUGGCCGCCGACACUUGGGCGCCCCGCCACGACAUGGAGCUCAAACAACAAGUGCCAUGGCCAACACAUGGCAACAGCGUAUUCGAUCGAAUGGUUAAAUUCACCGAGUCGGCCAUCGACUUUAUCAAACUAUAUCCAGUGCAGCUGGCCGUCAUCGCCGCCGCCAUCACCAUUCCAUUCAUCAUCCUCUGUCUGGCAUUGCCCAGCUCACAUCCAGUAGCUCGAGCUCCAAGCCAGCCCAUCAACAAUACUCAUGCGUCGCCCUCAUCAUCGUCGACAUCAACGACCAAGACAAGGUCACCAUCAUCAAAGACUUCGAAGGCCCCUGCCAUGGCCUCGGGUGUUACCGAAUCAAACUCAGAUACACCAACAACCCAGACGACAACAACAACACUGAAGCAACGACCGAUACAUACGACUAGCAAGCAAGCCGACUUUCCAACAAUCGAGUCUGACUCUGAUGAUUAA